AUGGCGGCUGCACCGAACUCACCACACUCCUUACAAUUCGCCUCCUCGGGCUCUGCCAGCGGUCAGCGCCAUUCGCUCAUCGCUCAGGGGCAGCAGCUUCCGCUCCCCUCUGCCACAUCCGCGACCUUCAAAAGGCAUAGUGCGCAAGGGAGCAUUUCCUCGAGCAACGAUCUCGCUAGACCGAAGUCGCCUGCUUCACCCCCUCCGCGUUCGCGUCCGACGUCGCCCAUGAUGUUUUCCCCUUCACCCGCCGGCAAGCACUCCAGCACUACACAUGCUGGCGGUAUUCAGCCCUCGGCGUCGUUCUUUCGCCCCACCCGCCCGUCGCAGGUCCAGCCCAACCAGUAUGCACGAUACUCAACCCGCCGAUCCUCGGUGGCGUCCGACGCAAGCAUACCCAUAGGCACUCCCCAGAACGACUCCUUCCAACUGCAUAGAUUGAGUCAGGAGAGCGAAGAGGAGGAAGGCGGCGAAGGCUCCAUGUCUACAGCCCAGCAGCCCGGGGACGAGACGCUCAGAAGCAUCAAGACAAGCCGCGAUCCACUUCUUCCCAUGCGGAGUGCUUCACCUCAGGCUUCCAACCUUCCUCGCCGUCCUUCCGUCAACCGCGAACGCAGUGGCGGCGCGACGAACUCCCAGAGCGGGUUCGGCAGCGUCCUCUCGCCGAACAAGUUUGUGCGCAACAGCCUCGACCGCGUCCUCAGCAUGAGCCACCGCCUGAGCUUCGACUCCGCGCGCCGAUCGCCCCGCACGCCAACGGUUGACCACCCAUUCGACGAGCGCAAGAUCAUCGACGAGGAGCAAGGCGUCGCGCCGCCCGAGCAGCACAGUCCCAUCUCCAUCAGCCGUCGCAAGCGCGACUCCCUGACCUCCUCCCCUACUCCGGGCUUCGCGCCCAGCCUCAGCAUUACGAACAAUUCCCGGCAACCGACGCCCUCGCAGUCGCCCUCCCCUUCGCCCAGCCUUUUCAAUCCUCAUCCGCCUCCGCGCGGGGACGAGCCGCCGCUCAUGGCCGUCCCAGUGAUCGACGAGAAGACGGGGAAGCCGGUGCGCAAUUGGCGCGCGCAUCCUUCCCGUAAUCGCUUCUUCUUGGAUGGGCGGGUGCUCACAGGCGGCGAUUCUCCAUGGGCGUUCUUGUGCUGCCUCACGCUUCUGGGGCUCAUUGCGGGCUUCUGGUUUGGCGCGACUUGUCCUUGGUGGUGGCACAAUAUGAGCCCCGCGGUUCCUAUUAUCGGUGGAUACAUGACCGCUAUAGUGAUAUCUAGUAUGAUGGUCACGGCUUUCACCGAUCCUGGGAUACUCCCGCGUAAUUUAGACCUUGACCCACCAUAUCCUGCCACCAGUCCGUCCGACGGUGGCGUAAGGGCACCCAUGCCUCGAGACUUGAAGGUUCGGAAUGACAUAGUCCGCGUCAAGUACUGUCCUACUUGCAAGACGUACCGGCCACCUCGCUCGAGUCACUGCAAGAUGUGCGACAAUUGUGUAGAUGGAUGUGAUCAUCACUGCCAAUGGGUGAACAAUUGCGUUGGGCGAAGGAACUACACAUCUUUCUUCGUCAUGCUGACCAGCGCUGUCCUCACCCUCAUCUUCGUGAUCAUCACGGCGGCAUUGCAUCUGUACUACCUGGUACGGGAUGAGGAGACGAACUUCCGUCACGCCGUUUCAGAAGGGUGGGGUAGCGCCGUCGUCUUCUGCCUGGGUCUGGGCGUAUUCAUGCCGGUAGUGGCGCUGUUCAGCUACCAUGUUCGGUUGGUCUUCCUCAACCAGACAACGAUCGAGCAGAUACGGAACAAAGCCCACAAAUCCGUCGACCCGCGAGCACCCUUGCCUCCGAACCCCUUCGGGAGCAACUGGCGGAGAAAUAUUGCCACCGUGCUGUGUCGCCCGCGUGGCUACUCGUGGAUUGAGGCGCACGAAGUCCAGGUCGAGGACAAGCGUGAGAUCAAUCCAGGCUUCCUGAGCGCCUGA